UCAAUCUAACGGGGGCUGUGUGGUCGUUGUUGUACGCGCAGGGUAAGGCAAGCAGUAUGGCGGAAGAAGAGGGCGACCUGGAAUCAGAAAGCUUUAAAGAACAGUUAGGGAGUUUAUUGAACUGUCGCAGUAGCGACGAAUGUGGAUCGCAAAGCAAGGACUACUGCGCUAGAUUUUGCGAGUUGGUGGAGGAUCAGACUGGAAGAUGGCAGGUGCCGUUACCCCAGCUACAGGUGCUACGGACAUCACUCUGCUACUUUGCCCGAGACACAGCGACCUUCCCGUCGGACUGCGAACAUGUGCGCUAUGCCCUGAGCAGCCUUGCCUUGAGCUAUUUUGAGCUGCUGCUGUUUUUUGGGAAGGAUGAAUUCCUGGAGAGUCCUCUGAAAGAUAUCCUUGAGUCUUUUCAGGAAUGCCAGGCAAGCCUAGCGAGACACAAGAAUGUGUACCUGCUGCUGCUGAAGCAGGUCAUCAAAGAUGGCGGGCCGUGGGAGAACCCCGUCCUGCAGACGAUCCUGAGAGAGACGGGUGCACCGCGGGAAGAAGUGGAGCGCUACCUGAGCUCGGAGGCCGCGGUGUUCUUCGAGCUGCGGGUGCGCUACCUGCAGGCCUGCGAGCGCAUUCAGGAGGCCGUCGCUCUGGCGAAGAGCUGCAUAGAGCAUCCGGAAGCGGGCCGGUGCCUCUACUUUCACCAGGCCUAUCUGACCUGCCUCCUGAAGGCAUCGCUCUACGAUCACUUGCAGAAGGAGAUAGCUGAGAUCGAUGGGAAAGAUGCCGUGGAGAUCAUAUGCAACAGCGAGAACGAGGAAAGGGACGACCUGCUCUUAGCUCUUAGCAGGGCCUUUCUUGUUCAGCAGCUGCAGAACGGAGACAUGUACUACAUUUGGGACCUCAUCUUUAUAUGGAGCAAAAUUCAUCUCAGGGCAAACCCCUCCAAACAAGACUUCCUGGAGGAAUGCCAUCAGCUGAUGCUGUCUGCAACAAACGUGAAGUCCAUCUUCCCAUUCAUUAAGGUCGUCCGGGGCGAAUUGGGGAACGAAGGCUUGCAGUUCUGCGUGGAGUUGUGCGGCCGUGCUCUUCAGAUGGACCUGCACCACGACCCAGUUACCAAGCUGCUGAUCUACAAGACCCUCGCCUUCCUGCUGCCCAACGACCUGGAAGUUUGCAGAGCCUGUGCGCUUCUGGUUUUUUUUCUGGAACGCACCGUGGAGUCCUACAAGACUGUGUACCUCCUCUACACUCAUCCCGACCAGGAGUACCAUCCAGACUGCGGCUUCAUCAAAAACCACAUCCGCUUUGAGGUUCUCCAAAUCCUCAAAAAGGGACUGUUUUUUGACCCAGAAUUUUGGAAUCUAAUCACUCUGAGGACUAACUGCCUGAAACUUAUGAGUGAGAAAGUAAUGCAAGCUGCUCUAAAUGAAAACAUGGAGGAGGAUAAAUGGAUACCAAAUUACUGUGUGAAAGAGCCAUCCAAAAUCAUCUUGGAUACCCCAGAAUACCGCACAAACCAAGUGAGGAGACGACCUGUGAAAAAGUUCAAUAAGCCUGUGAUUAGACGCAUUGUAGUGCCACCUGAGGUAGUAGAGGUAUCGCUUGUUAAGAAACGUGGCAGGAAACCAGGGUCACGUGUUAUCAAAGUGACAGAUGACUCUCAGUUGAGACGGUCCUUCAGACAGCUGGACAUGGCUCAGGACAACUCCACUAGACAACACGACAAUAGGCAGCAGAGACUACUGGCUAGACAGGGGGACAAGAAAACCCUAAAACGGCGUGGCAGGAAGCCUCGAUGGCUCCUGCAAGAGAUGGCCAAGCAGGCGGAGAACAGAUUGGGACAGCCUGGGAGGAAAAAACAACUUCCUACAAAUGCAGAGGUGGAGACAAAGCUGCAUGGCAACUGCCUGGCGCAAACGGACAAUGACACUGAGAAAGCACAAGAAGUUUCCGUGGAGGAAACCAGCUGUGACGUUGAGCUGACCCCUCAGUCCCCGGCAGAAGAGACUGCAAAUGUAGAAACUGUCCUCCUACAAAAAGAGGGAUUGCCCCUACUGGCUGUACCCCUCCUAGAUGACCCAGUACUGACUCCUGUCCCGGUGACCAUGCUGGAAGUCAGCAUCCCAGACAAUGAAGUGAUGGACACGUCCACAGAGGAGGUGGAAAUGCAACCACUGGCAGAUAUUGCUUUACAGGAGCCCAGUCUUGAGGAUAGAGUUGACAUGGAAGUAGUUCCUUCGGAAGAACCCUUCACUGAAUCUUGUGACAGGGAGGAGGACUCUGCUGAUGAACCCCCAGGCAACUCCUCCUGGUGUGCGCUGCCACCAGAGGCAAGGGGCCAGGUUUCCCCGGAAUCCGCUGUCGAGGUGGACAACGAUGUCAUACAGCAGUGGCACAACUAUUCAAGAAAUCCCGAAGAAGAAAAUGUUGAAGAAAAGGUCCUGCUUCCUGAUACAGUGCCGAAAGAGUUCCCCACAGCACCACAGGAGUGUCCUUCAGAAAGCACUGAAUCUGGGCCAGAGCUUUCAGGAGAAGUCUGUGAGGUUCCGCAGGUAGAAGUGCCCCCCGCCUUACAGACUCCACCUGGAGUGGCUUCAAGCAGUGAGGCUGACGUGGAAGUACCCGAGAGCAUGCCUGCGGCUUUUGAAGAGGUACCUGAGGCAGUUUUUCACCAAGAAGUCAUUCAAGCAGAAGAGAGCAGUGUGGCUACAGAGACCUCAUUUUUUGACAAUGCCAUUAGUGUUCCAGCGGAUGAGACCUCCGUUCCCGAUGACUCUAGCAGUGCUCCCCAACACACAGACAGUGCUUUUGACGCAGGCGUUAUUGCUGGCACAGAAAACUUUGAAAACACAACCGAUACCAUUGGCGACUCAGUUGUUAAUAACGCAUGGGGUUCGGAUAACAUGACUGCUGUCCCCAGUGAUGAAACUGUCCCCAGGGAUGCAGCUGAACCUGUCCUCAGCGAUGCAGCUGAACCUGUCCUCAGCGAUGCAGCUGAAACUGUCCCCAGCGAUGCAACAGUCCCUAGCGAUUCAGCUGUCCCCAGCGAUGCAACAGUCCCUAGCGAUUCAGCUGUCCCCAGCGAUGCAAUAGUCCCCAGCCAUGAAACUGUCCCCAGCCAUGAAACUGUCCCCAGCGAUGGAACCGUCUCCACUGAUGCAACUGUCCCCAGUGAUGUCAUUAACGGUGUCAUUAAUCUAACAGUGUCACAGACUGACACUACACAUGAUCCUGGGCAGGACUCAAGGCUCCCCUUAGAACUGCCACAGACUGAAAUCUUAGAGCCAGAAAAGGGUUUCUCAGAACCAGAACCUGUAUCUAGACCCGUGUCUGAUGGUCUACCGAAAAAGGUUCUGAAGUAUCGUUGCAAGCUCUGCAAAAAGGAAUUCAAAGGUGGAAACAUAAUGCGGCACGCUGUUGCACACCUUCAGAGGGACAAGCAUAAGUGUGUGUUUUGUGGAAAACUUUUUAACCGUCCCCUUAUUGCUAAGAAACAUUUACAGGAGCAUAUUGUGAAGCUGAGAUUAGAAGCGGACUCUAUUAGUAGCUUGGCUCCUGAAAAUGGAACUCCCGAAACGCUGGAAUGUGCGAGACGAUCUCUAUCAAGAAGUGCUAAGCACGAAAUGAAACCGGAAGCCAGUGCCCAAAAAAUGGUUCCUUCAAAAAAAAGGAAGUACAAUAAGAAGCAGGAAGUAUUGCAGAAACUGGAGGAGGUAAGAGAGUCCAAUUCUGUCACGGACAAAAAACCUGUACAGAAAGCCAACGGAUCCAUUGUGGAAGGAAAGCUGAAGCUUGAGAAAGAGGAAUACUCAUGUCCUUCAGAUGGUUGCACAAAGAAGUUUGUCAGGAGAGGGAUGUCCAUGAUCAGACAUGCGCUGGCAUCCCAUCCCAGUGACACUAAAGUCCAGGAAUUUGCCUUCCGCUGGAGAAAGGGAAAGUGUAAGUUUUGCCAAAGAAUAUUUUGGAGCUUUCUUCAUUAUCAAGACCAUAUCAAAAGGCACGACCAUCCCCUCAAACACAUCUGCCUCCAUACUGACUGCAAAAACAGGUUCAAAACUAAGUCUGAACUAAGGGCUCACUUGAAGAGCCAUCAACCACUUCAGGCACAGUGCCUCUUUGCGGGCUGUUCCCAGACCUUCGGUCGCCUGUCUCAGCUGCAGGAUCACGAAUGGCGGCAUUACCCGGUUCCUGACACAAAGGAAGACUCGUUGUGGAUGACGCAGAUGCAUCGUAAAGUCGGCAGACCGGCGAGAGGGAAACGAAAAGACGCCCAGGAUGAUUCCGGUCACCACGUGAAAGUAAAGAAGGGGUCUGCAGAGCCGCAGGCCACUGUGCCGAAUAGCGGCGGCACGUGCGGCAGAGCAGAGAUUGGCACUGUAGAAGUUAAGGAUGAACACAAGGCCGUGGGUGAAACGAGCACAGCUGAAAGGCCUGUGGGAACCGAAGACACGAGGCCUCCGGAGGGCAGUGCUUCUGACGCACAGCUACUGAACGGGCACAGGGAAACUGCAACUCUCUCGCACACCCAGGUGGAUACCGAAUCUACAAUGGAGAGUAGCAAAGAGACCCCAGUGGAGAUCAAUAAUGUCGACAAAGGGAUCGAACCGGAAAGCGUAGCGAGUCACCAGGAGGAGCCUGUCGCUCAGGCACAAAAAAGGGUCAAAGAUGGUGAAGCGGAGCUUUCCAGCUACGGAGGAACCUCGGGCCGGCCCUUCGUCCGGCCCCCGCCCUCGGCCUACCUUGACGAGCGCUACAUCAGCAUGCCGAAGCGCCGGAAGUCGUCGCCCAGCGACUCUCGCUCUUCUGUGGAGCCGAGCAGCUUGACCGGCGAUGCUCAGAGGCGACGCUGCUCCAAGUGCUUCUCCUCCUUCGGCAGCGCGGAGGACCUGCAGAGACAUCUCUCCCUCAACAACUGCACGUCCCUCUUUGGCUUCGACUCGGAUGAAGAAAGUGCCUGUUAAAAAAGAAAAGAAAAGAAAGGUGAAACUGACAGUGACAUCUGUGGGGACCAUCCAGGAGCAGACAGGGUGCGAGUGGACGACCUUCAUCUAAGGAGGUCAACCUACUUCCAUACGGGCCUGAUGGAUGGGCCCUUUUCACAACCUCUCUGCCAACCUCUCGAGCAAGCAACUCAGAGGACUUCAGUCCAUACUACAGCUCAGCCGUGGGUGCAGAGGAACUGAAACUACAACCUUACAGGCGACCACCAGAGAGCCACUUUGGGGUCUGUCAUUGAGCUCUGAAGCGAUGGAACUCGCCACGGAGAACUGUUUGUGAGUGGAGUCCUUCUCCUCUGGUCAGGCAGCGGCAACUUGGCAAUGAAAAUUUGCCCAACAGUCAGGACACAUUCCCAGUUUUAAGAAGUGCCUGGACCGUAAUGUUCAACUUCCUGCAAUAUUUAUUGUAAGUGGUUCGGGAACGUGGCCAUGUGGACAAUUUUGUCUUACUUACUUUAGAGGCCGAGGGGGGACUCUGCCUGUUGUAUAAAGACAGCCAUUGGAGAUUUAAUAAAGACUUUCAUCUUGCGACACCAUGAGCCCAGAGUUUGUUCCACAGUUGUGCGUUACCUGUCGCAGUGUUUGCCGGCAUUGAGGGUCGUGCUCCCAGGUCUCUCUCUCCUUCACCUCAAGUGAUUCCUCUCGUUUGUCUCCAGCUGGUGCAUUUCCGUCGUGCAACGUGACCGUCUGCAUCUCACUGAGGUCAACGAAAGUUUGUCUGAUUCACUGUAUCGUAUUGUGCCUGUUGGACAGUGCUGCGUUGCCAUGGGGAUGAAGAAGUGCACUGCACAAGGGCCCUGCAAAACAGAUUGUUAACCGGGCAGUUUAAAGUGGACGGAUGGGCAGAGAUUGAGUGUGUAACCCCUAUGUACAUGGACAGUAUUCCACACCACUCAGGUAUGGGCUAACCAGUUAAUGACAGGAAGUUCAAUCCAAUAAGACAAAUGGGGGUGUAAACCUUUUUAUCAGAGCUCUAUUAAACGCUGUGGAGUUUGUUUGUUUUUUUUUUUUCUUUCGAAAUUACAUUUUGUAAAAAAAAUUUAAAAAAAAGUUUAAAAGAGAAAAAAAGAAAGAAAAAGUUGUGUCCCAAAGCUGGCACAUAACUGUUCAAUGCGUGAACAGUGGCAUUCUUAUUUAUUCACAUUGUUUUUAUCUUAGUUCUGUAUAUGUAAAGAGUUUGGAUGGUUUAUGGUUCAAUAGAAAAAGCAGGUUUAUAUAACAAAAAUUUGUUUUAAAUAAAACACUAAUUUGAAAAAGAGGACUCAAAUUAAUUCUGUCUGGUUCUCUCGCCAUAAACGCAUUUCCAGGUAGCACACCAAUUUGAAACUUCUCCCCUGAGGUUAUAUUUUGUAUUUCUGCUGUAAUGGAGGUACAGGAAAAAUAACAGGAAAAGCCACAGCGCGUAAUCAUCUUAUCUUCCUUUUCUUGGCUGAAGGUACGCAAGGGGGAAAAUUCAUCCAAAAAUUGACUUCGGUGAGAUGUAACUGCAAGGCGGAGUUCAAACAACAAAUCUUGUUUCAAAGUUUGUUAGUUGACUGUUUAAUACUUUUCUGGAGAUGUCCAAAGUGUCAUGUACAGUCCUGUAUCAUAAAGCCUAAUCACUGACUGUCAUUGCAAUAGGCCGAUCGCCAAUUCGGCUAGAUCACCAACCACUGUCUGACUUUUGGUUGUAUAAUUUGUGCUUGACGCUUGCUGAACCAUAACACGCUGGAAACUUGCUUAAAUUCUUAAUUUAAACCGUGGACAAUGUGUUAAUAUUGGUCCUCGGUCAGUUUUGAAAUGGGUCAUGCAGCCGGUUAUGUGGGUUUGUGUCACUGUAUAUGGAAUCCUAUAUUUAUUUUUCUUACAUAAUCCAAACUAAGAUGAUCUUCAUCGACUGUAUUUUUUCUUAGAGCAAAUAUGAAUGCCUUUUGUUAAGACAAUUAAAAAAAUAAACCAAAGGAAGUCAAGUACUAAAAUUGCUAUGUAAUCAAGAGGAAGCCAAAUGUGUGACCAUGACUUGAGGCUUGCAGUGAAGAAAAAUGUAAUGUCCCAAUGCAUUCUGGGGGCAUCAUAGAUUACAAUUUCAUUUUCAGAAUUUGUAGUGCUUAAUUUAUAAGAUUUAAUUUCCAGGUGUGGAUCAAAUUUUCGGGCUUCCUUGUCGAAUGUUUAACAGUAUUUCUUACAGUUAGAUUUACAUGUUUUUCUUCCUAUUGCAGUACAGAAUGGACAGUGAUUCAUCUGCAAUAAAGCUGUUGCCUGUACCAAUAGAUUGGAAAUGUGAUCCAGGCUAAUUAAAGUACUUAACCUUCAGUGUAGUAAAAUGAGCUUUUUCUUAAGCUGUUAAACACAUUUGUUAAUGAUACUGCUUAUUCAGAAGUGCAUUAGUAUUUAAUAUUUUAAGAUUUAGAAUAAUGGAUAAACCUUUGUUUGAUGGAGCAGGAAACUGCGUAUUUUAGUUAAUUGUAACAGGUGUAUUUGAGAUUGCUUUAUUAAAAGUGCUACUAUUUUCCCAU